UCGAAUUCCCAGUUUCAGCGCCUCGGGGCCGCCCGCGAAUCUCUACUCUGCCUCCUGGGGUCUUCUCCCAAUGUCUAGCCCCCACCUAAGGGGAUCUAGCCGAGCCAGUGGGGACCGGAUCUGAAGGGUGGAGCGGCCAGGUGAGCCCUGAAAGGUGGGGCGGGGCGGGGGCGCUCUGGGCCCCACCCCGGGAUCUGGUGACGCCGGGCCUGGAAUUUGACACCGGACGGCGGCGGGCAGGAGGCUGCUGAGGGAUGGAGUUGGGCUCGGCCCCCAGAUGCGGCCCGCGGGCUCUGCCAGCAACAAGUCCCUCGGGCCCCAGCCUUCGUUGCGACUGGGGCUUGGAGCCCUGCACCCGAGGGCACAGACCGGCUGCCAAGGCCCCGCUUUUGGCUAAAAGAGACGCUGCCAGGUGCACAACUCUGGGCAUGAUCCAUUUGAGCUUCGAGGGAAAGCUCAGCACUGGUCCCAGGAAAGGUGCCUAGAAGGACUCGGUGCAGGACCCCCUUGUUUGCAGCUGCCUGAAAAAGAGGGUGGGGAAGCAGGCCCAUGAAGGCUGAUGGGAGCUCCUGGUGUUGACAGAGAUGGAACCGGGACUUGGAGACCCUACUGCAUUGCCCCACUGCCUCCGGCCUAGGUGGCAGCCAGCUUUGUGGCCAACCCUAGCUGCUCUUGCCCUGUUGAGCAGCGUCACAGAAGCCUCCCUGGACCCCAUGUCCCGCAACCCCUCCACUCGUGAUGGUCCCUCGCCGGUCCUGGCGCCCCCAACCGGCCACCUGCCUGGGGGACGCACUACGCAUUUGUGCAGCGAAAGAGCCCUGCCACCACCGCCGCAGUCUCCCCAGCCCGCACCCCCACCGCCGGGGCCCGCGCUCCAGUCUCCUCCCGCUGCGCUCCGCGGGGUACGCGCCGCGCGUGCGGGGACCCGAAGCAGCCGCGCGCGGGCCUCGGAUGCGCACGGCUGUCGCUUGCGCUCGCAGCUGGUGCGGGUGAGCGCGCUCGGCCUGGGCCACAGCUCCGACGAGCUGGUUCGUUUCCGCUUCUGCAGCGGCUCGUGCCGCAGAGCACGCUCCCCGCACGACCUCAGCCUGGCCAGCCUACUGGGCGCCGGGGCCCUGCGGUCGCCCCCCGGAUCCCGGCCGAUCAGUCAGCCCUGCUGCCGACCCACUCGCUAUGAGGCCGUCUCCUUCAUGGACGUGAACAGCACCUGGAGGACCGUGGACCACCUCUCCGCCACGGCCUGCGGCUGUCUGGGUUGAGGAUGAUCUCCAAGCCUUUGCACACUGGACCUUUACCCAUGUGUUGCCCUGCCUGGAACAAACUCACCCGGCCUCAUUAGCCAGGAACCUCAGCCGGAAAUGGAAGCUGCAGAGCUCAGGCUCCAGGCCGGUGAGUGGCAGGCAUGAAGCCGGGAGAGAUGACCUAACCACUGACCAACAGCUCUAAGGCGCUCAUGGAUCCCAGCUCUACAGACACCAGAAACCUCAGCUAAGGAGAACUCCUCUGGGAGCAUCCAGAAAUGGCCCCAGGCCCUAGGGAAUGAAUCUUGAGAAGAUACAUUGUACUCAUGUUGCUGGAAGAGCCUGUGCUAACGCUGAAGCCCUAUUUAUUAUUUCUAAAUUAUUUAUUUACUUUGCUGGUUUGUCAGAUUUUUUUCCUGGACACGGGGGAUGGGUAGAAGAGGCUGGAUGAAGAUGUGCCCACCUCUCCGCUUCCACAGUUCACACUCGGCAAUCACAGUGUUGACCUGCAUGGGAGGCACAGAUGGGUGACCAAGAUGCACAGUCUUCAGCACUUGGGGCCUGGGUACCUGUGGAAAAAACAAACUAUAUAGCCUUCUGGGGAGAAAGGCUGCCCUGUGACCUUUGAGGCCCCUGCUUAGUGGGUAAAGACAACGAAAACCAUGCUUUGCCCCACUCCAUCAAUGUCGGCAUCUUACCAGGCAAGGACCUGUCUUGAAGGCUCCCUGACAGGUGCACAUGCUGCUUCCUUUUACAGGUAGUCAUCCCUUGAAGCAGGCCAGGGGAAGAGAACAUCUGAAGGGCUAAGGAUGGGAGAGGGGCACCAGGGUGCUUGUUCAUGGGAAGGAAGCACAGAGCUUCGUGGGUCUAGGAAGACAGGAAGGCGCUGAGGGUCUCAGCAGCUCGUGAAUUUUGGGUGAUGAACAAGCAUAUUCAUAUAUUCACCCAACAAACAUGGACAGUGAAACAUCAGCUACUAUGUAGACACUAAAGAUGCAGAAGUGAGGCUGGCUGGAGAUGUGGCUCAGUUGGUAAGGUGCUUGCCUCGUGUGCUCGAAGCCCUUGGUUUGGUUUCCAGCACCACAUAAACGAUAUAUGGCACACAUGCCUGUAAUACCAGCACUCAAGAGGCAGAAGCAGAAGGAUCAAAUAUUCAAGGGCAUCCUCAGCUACAUAUUGAGUUCCAGGCUAGCCUGGGCUACAUGACAGUCUGUCUCAAAAGAGAAAAAAAAAAAAAAGAUAGAGAAGUGAAAGGAACAUAAUCUCUGUCCUUAAGCUCUCCCCAGGAAAGACAGAUAAUAAACAAGCAAUGAUGUACGUAAUCAUUUAAGUUCAAUGUGGCUAAUGGUAUGAGAAACAAUGGAAGCUAAGAGGAACACAUUUUCUCCUGGAAGGAAAGUCAGCAUUGUCCCUGGCCUUUCACACUGUCCUCAGGUCAUCUCCAAAACGUCAAGGCAACCAUCUGAGCUUUUCUGUGUGGCUUUGGAAACAGUGUUUUAAAGCAGGUGUCAUGGUGCGUACUUGUAAUCCAGCACUUGAGGUAUGGAGGCAGGAGGAUAAGUUCAAGGUCAUCCUCAGCUACACAGCAAGUUCCAGUCCAUCGUGAGCUACAUGAGACCCUGUCCGAAAGAGAAAAAGAAAGGGAGAAGGAAGGAAAACUGUUUCCCUGGUCCUAGGCAUUUAUAUUGAAAAGGCCAGUGUGAUUUUUCGCCUUUAAAACACGACAGGACCCUUUUUUUAUUUUUGUGUGGACGGGCAUGCAUGUAUGUGUGGUAGCCAGAGGUUAUCACCCUGUGUCUCCUUUCCUCAGUUGCUUUCUGCCUUAACUUUUGAGACAUAGUCUCUCUCUGAAUCCUAAGCUGGCGAUUUGGCAAGCUGGCUGGCCAGAAAACCCAGGGGCCCUCCUGUUCCUACCUCCCCAGCUCUGGAAUUACAGGCAUAUAAUUUUUUAAAUGUAAUUGCAUUUUGUUUAUCUUAGUUGUGUGUGUGGGUGAACAUGCACACAUUUAGAGGCCAGGGAACAACUUAUAGGAGUCAGCUCCCUCCUUCCGCUGUCGGGUCAUGGGGAUCAAACUAAGACCAUUAGGCUUGGUGGCAGGUCCUUUACCCAUGGAGCCAUCUUGCUCAGCCUCAGCACUGGGCUUUAAUGUGGGUGCUGAUGAUAAAAUUCAGGUCCUCACUCCUCAUGUUUGUGCCAAAGUACUUUAGCCACUGUCCAGCUCCUGGGUGGGCCUCCAAGAUGGGGACAUUUGGGAAAGGUGCUAUGUCUGAGGGAUUACAACACAGGGGUUGUUGGAAGGCAGAGACACGCUUGUCUGGAGCAGAGCAGGGGGGCCUGGCUGGCAGAGACUUGAGAGCUGUCAACACCGAGGCUACGGCCAGGGGUACAGGAGAUCCCACAGGCAAGGUCAGGUUGAAGGUAGGAUGCCAGCCCUUUAACCUUGUCUGCAGGGCCCGUCCUUCACAUCUGCCUGCGAGCCUGCCAGCUUUGCCACAGGAGCCCUUCACCCGGCCUGCAAGGAAAGAGCAAAAGUUUACAGGACCAGGCCUGUUCUGGGCCAAUGAGGCAGGCAAUCCAGGCCUGUGCUCUUCUGCAGGAUCUGCCACAGGUCUAUACGCUCCCCAGACUUUGGGGGGUUUGCACCCACAGACACGCUCUUAGCCCUUCUCUGCCUCCAAACU